UGAAAGAUAAUGCACUUUAGCCUGAUCGUGUUUUAAGCAAUAAAUAACAGUCUAUGGGAGUCUGGAGGAUACUGUUACGUUGUGGGUAUGAGGAUUUUGAAGCCACAUUUUCACGCUUGGUUUCUUUGAUUGCUCACGCGUUUAAGUCUCGUCGUUUUCUGUAUCGUUGGACCAGAACUCUGUGUCGUUGCAAAGAGUUAACAAAUAAUGAAUCAAUUGGUUAAGAAGUGGUUCGUUGUACUAAUUGUGGCGCUUGUAAUACUCUUAACUAGAGUUUUAUGGAAGAACAUAGUCUGGGAGAGCAAAGAACCACUCAACUCAGAAAAGAAACAACUGCAAGAAGUAACUAGGCAAUUUAAGGGCCAAUUGCUAAAAUCCCCGCCCGCAAAGAAUUACACCAUUCGUGAGACACUGCCAGUACUAGUGCCCAUAAUAUGUGGGGUCUCGGCGAAAAAGAGAAAAAUUGACGAAUCCGGAAAAAAAUAUAAAGUUCCAAAUAUAGUGCACCUUGUACGAAUUGGGGACAGGGUGCCAUUCGACGCUGUCACGUAUUUAACUUUACGGUCAAUGGCGAGCAUACAACAGCCUGAAGUGAUCUACAUCUACUACACAACUACUAUUCCCACAAGUAAGUUCGCAGAACGAGCAAAAAAAGAGAUACCGUGUCUUCAGUGGGUUAAAGUGAAAGAUCCAGAAUAUGUCAACGGAGUACACCUGUCGGUACCGGAUUCACGUACAGAUAUAGUUCGUUUCACAAAACUACUUGAGCAUGGAGGAAUAUAUGUGGAUAACGACGUUAUUUUACUGAAAAGCUUAGAUCCCCUUCGCCACUAUUCUUUCGUUGCUGGACGAGAACAUGCAGAGAGCAUCAACGAUGGAAUCAUGCUAGUUGAAAAAAAUUCAUAUUUUGCCAACAAGUUUUACCAUGAAAGUUAUUUGAAAGCACUUGAGAAUUAUGAUCCAAACGAAUAUUUUACGUAUGCACAGGAUGGGCUAUACCGAUUCUACAGACAAAAUAUGGAGCCGGACGUACAUAUCGAAGAGUUUGCUUUCAACAGGCCACUUCCAUUCGACGGGUAUGAAGGUUUCGGUGCAGCAGUUAACAGCCACUAUGAUCUCAGUGAAAACUACGUUCUACAUAUACACCCAAGGGCAACUGUCGGACACGUGCCAGAAUUGAAUUACAUUUAUACGGAUACUGAAGAAGAAGUUCGUACUAGAGAUAACAUCUACGGAGCAGCAGCUAGAAUAGCUUACUUUGGAAGUCCAGAUCUGAUAUUUAAACCUGGUGAAAAAGUUUACAGCCGAGCGCCCACCAUUAAGUUGAAACCGUUGCCGAAAAUAGAACCAGAUAAUGAAAAUAGUUCAAACAUUACAAGAUAAACAGACGGAACAGCCGUUUUGCCUAUAAUGUAUUAACUCCUAUUUACUCGAUAUACUCAUACAAUUAGAUUCA